AUUAAUUGUUCGAGGAAAGUUCGAUGGAGCACAAGAGUUUGGAUAGGUUUGGCCGAUUGAAGGUAAAUCUACUUGGAAGAAUUUUGAGAAAUCUCGGUUGUUGCUUGAUUGGCUAACCGUUAAGCAGCAGCAAAACGGGUGGCAUGCCGAAGCACAGCCGCGCCUCGCUUUUAAUAAUAGAUAAAAACCGUAGACAUUCGUGCCGGAAAAAGAACAGAAACCGAGAAUAUCCCCACAGAGAAAAGAGAGGAAGGAAGAAAGACAGAGAGAGCUUUCAGUUUAGCUGAUGCUAACGAAAAACGCGUCAAGUCAGAUAUUCCGAUGCAGUUAUUAUCGGCCGUCACUGUCCGUGUCUCUCAAUUUAUUUGAUCGCAUUUUAAUUAACUGGACGAUAUCAUCCAGUCAUGAAGAAUAAUAGAGAGACUGUUCAUACACAUGACUACAAGAAUAUCCAAAUAAAUAUCUCUAUUAUCGAUGCAUUAACGAAGAAAGAUGAUUGAGCGUUUCUCUCUUUUUCUCCCCCUCUUUCUCCUUCUCUCUCUUUUUUUAUACACAAGUGGAUGAUCGCAUAGAUCAUCGAACGGAAAUGUCUUGAAACAUCCAUACUUUCCAACGACUUUCAUUGGAAAUGUUAUUAAUUGUUCUCCAAAUUACGUUUACGCAGCUUUUUCUUUAACUGCAUAUGGGUUCGUGGUUCGCGCGUCGCACGAUCUCGUCCGAGUGCCAGAUAAUUAAUAAUACAGAUAGGUACACAAUGUAUCACGUGUACACAAUGAUUUUCUCUUCUCCAUUAACGAGAAGGAUCAUUAUUGUUAGAUCCACUUUCGAAUCGAAACUGUAAAGACACCGAACGACGAUGCAAUGAGAGGGCGAGAUAUACUAUAUGCAUUUAGGUAUAUUUAUUCCUUGGAAAUGACGUUGCCAAUGACGAUGCAGAGAAGCUUGUUGGGCUUAACAGUGCUGACGAUCGUCGGCCUAAUGACUUUCCUGCUCAGCAAGAAGCUCUCACUGGAGACGCGCAAGCGGGAUGGCCUGCUCCUCGACAUGAUCGCUAACAUUAGCGGCCACUUGGAUCGACUUGACAGCGGCUUCGAUGACAUAGCCGCGCAAACGGGAAUUGCGCGGAAUCGCUUGCUACGACUGGUUGCGCUCCAUCGAGAAAAUCUCUUGAUAUGUGCGUUACUCGGCGAGAAAUGGAGACAAAAGCAAACGCUCAGCAUCGGAAAACCGAUGACGAUGAUGGCGAAGAGGAGAAAACGGCGCCGACGAUUCAUCCUAUCGCACUAUCAUCGAUAAUCGAUAUCCGAGAGAUUUUUAUCAGACGUGCAAAAAAAUACAGGAAAUGUAAUUAGAUCAACAUGUACAUACAUACGAGUAUGUAUCGCCAAAUUAUCUGUGUUAUUUAAUCCGCUCAAUGAUUAGGAAUGAUUUUUCUUUCUAUAUUUGCUGUGC